AGGAGGAGGACGAGGAGGAGGAGGAGGACGAGGAGGAGGACGAGGUCUCCCUGAGAAAGGCUCUAAGCAGACCGGGCCUGAGCAGAACGGUCUCUCCCUAUUACAGCCUGGGGAAGAGGCUGCUGUCCCCCUGGCUGUUUUUGCCCCCCUGGCUGCCCCCAUGGCUGGUCGGCUGAGAGGCCCAGGCAAACAGAGCUCCAUGGCCAUCUACAAAGACAGAUCUGAUGUCCAUAUCCCCGGGGACCCCUCUGAUCCUGGGAGAGCCAUGGUCAGAGGCAGCCUGCCCCUGGAGCUCAGAGAGUUGCAGCAGCAGACAGGCAGAUCCCUGGGCACCUUGAUCUUGGGUCCUGAUGGUGAGGUUAUACAGAUGUCCCCUUGGGACCCUAAUAAUAUGUCUGCCACUGAGGACCAGCCUGAAGACCAGGUCACAAGAGACCAUGGGGAAGCCAGUAAUCCUGAAAGACCCCAAACCAACAUGGACGAAUGUGAAUUAGUCCAAGAGGUGGGAUCUGAUGGACAAACGGUCGUGUCUGGUGAACAGAGACAGGAACCUGAAUCUCCCAGGAACAGAACUACACGGAAACAGCUGCACCCAGACGCUCAGAGACCCGGAGGACGACAUAAAGACAUGAUGGCUGCUCUGAGCUACAACCUCCGCAGCAGGACAGCACCAGUGGAGAUUCCAAGACAGGAGGAAGGGAAGGCGACACGGGAAGGAAAGGAGGUGAGGAGGGAGGAAGCUGAGGAGAAGUCUACGACAAGGAAGAGGAGGCAGGAUCUGGAUCAGACAGGUCCACAGACGAGUGGGGUAUCCUCCUUACCUACCACAGAAGAAGAAGAAGAAGAGACCCAAAACAUCAACCCCCACAAACCUUCACAGCCAAUCCCCACAGGUCUCUCUACAGAACGGGCCCUCUCUCAGAAGAAAAAUCCCAAUCGCUCAGAGGGACCACUUACACCCAGUGGCAGGAAAAGAGGCCAUUCUAAGAAAACAAACGUGACAGUAGAUGAACAGAAUCCACAGCAGGUGGAGGGACAGACACAGGAAACAGGUGAACAAACCAUCAGAGAGAAGAAGAAGAAGGACACAUUGAAUAAAGAGGUGGAAUCACAGGACUCUCCCACUCUACAGAAAAUGACAAAGAGAAAAGUGAUUGAAGGACAAGAGCAGAACCAGGAAGUCUUCUCCAAGGAGGCGGGGAAGAAGAAGAAGGCCCGGGUCAAAGGAAAACCUAAAGAGAAGACGAACAAGACCAACGAGUCUGAGACGUCUCCAUCUGCGUUGGGUCCUGGUGGAGACGUGAAGAAGGACACUGAGGAGCGUAGCGCUGCGCUAAACACACAUGAAGAAGAACACCUCCAAUCCCCUAGAUCCAAUCACAGCUCUGUAAACAGGAGCUCCUCAUCCAAUGGGCAGUCAGGUCAGAGAUCACACAGAUCGACCUCCUGUGAGGACGAGGUUUUACCGUCCGGACAACGACGGUCCUCUCGUGACCAACUGUCAUCCUCCUCGGUUGUCGUGGCAGCGGAAACCCAACCGUUAAAUCUGGUCAUAUCUGACACCAGCAUCAGUACUGACAAGAACAGAGGAGAAGCAGCAGCCCGUACGGAGCAACAGAAGAAUGUGUUGGUUGAGAAGGCAGAGCGUCGCCGACUAGAGGUGGAGAGGAAGAGGAAGGAGAGAGAGGAGGAGAGGAGGAGGCAGCAGGAGCGGGAGGAGAGAGAGGAGCGCAUGAGGCUGGAGCUGGAAGAGGAGCAGAAUCAGAGAGCUGAGGAACUCAGGUUGGGUGUCUAA